GUUAAACCCCUUCUCUUUCUAAGGCGUUCCCACUCUUUCUUCGGAACUGGAAUGCUAAAAUAGAAGAAACGGAGAGUUGCAGAAAUGGGGAAUAAGAAAGAGAAGAUGAAAAUCUUACUGACAAUCGCAUCGGUUGCUGCAAUCUCAAUCUUCUUCACAGCUCAACUAUACAGAAGACGCCGAAGACUGAAAAGACCUCAAAGUUGCUGCUAUUUACACUCCGAACCAAAGCCGCAGCAGAGUUUCAAGCGGGUCUUAGCCGAUAACUCCUAUUCUCCUUUCAACCAUUUCAACCGCCAAACGGAUUCCGUUAAUGAGAAAUCUUCGAGUUUGACUCAUCCGUAUGAAGCGGAGAUAACGGCAUUGAUGGAGAAUCCUCAGCUUCUGUUUCUUAAGACUGCGAUCGACUAUUUCGAUACGAAAAUGGGCAUGCAAAUGAAUGACUCUUAUGUUUGGGUUGAAACCGAGUCGCAACUGAGUCAACUCGCUCAGGUGUUGAGCAAAGAGCAGGCUUUCGCUGUUGAUACCGAGCAGCACAGCCUACGGUCGUUUUUAGGCUUCACUGCUCUUAUACAGAUUUCUACUGAGAAGGAAGAUUAUUUAGUGGAUACAAUUGCUUUACAUGAUGCAAUGGGCAUUCUUCGUCCCGUUUUUGCUGAUCCUAAUAUAUGCAAGGUGUUCCAUGGGGCUGAUGGUGACAUUGUCUGGUUACAAAGAGACUUCCACAUAUAUGUUGUUAAUCUAUUUGAUACUGCAAAGGCAUGUGAUGUUUUGUCGAAACCCCAGAGAUCUUUGGCCUACUUACUUGAAACUUAUUGUGGUGUGGCCAAAAAUAAAAUAUUACAGCGUGAAGACUGGAGACAACGUCCGCUAUCAGAGGAAAUGGUGCAGUAUGCUUGUACCGAUGCACAUUAUCUGCUAUAUAUUGCAAAUUGUUUAAUUUCUGAGCUUAAACAACAGGACCAUGAAUAUUCAUCUUGCCCCGAUGACAAGUUCAAUUUUGUUCUCGAGGCUAGUCGACGAUCAAACAUGAUCUGUUUGCAACUCUACGCUAAAGAGAUUGAAGAUUUUCCUGGGGAGUCUGCUGCAUUAUCAAUACUUUCUCGCCAAUUGAACAGCCAAGGGGGUGCUCCUUCUACAUCCGGUGAAACCAAGUUUCAGGGUCUUGUUAGGAGAUUGUGUGCAUGGAGAGAUUUAAUGGCUCGUGUGCAUGAUGAGAGCACAAGAUACAUUUUAUCCGAUUAUGCUAUUGUUGCUCUCUCUGAAAGAGUUCCAACAACUCAAGCAGAUAUUUACAACACCAUAAUUCAAGCUGAUUUGAAUAUAGAUUCUUCCAAUCUCAGCUCUUCACUCCCAUCUCCUUCCCCUCUUGUUUGCAGUCAUUGGAUUGAUGUCCAUCAACUAAUCCAGGACAAUUCAAGCAAUCUUGAUAAAAUUUUUCCUGUGAUUCUUCAAAUUUGCUUGGGUCCAAAUGGGAGCUGUCCAUUGUCUUUAUUUAACUAUGCUUUAUUGAUGAGCAGUAGCCUGAAACUAGAAACUAGAAUAGUUUCCAAACAAAAUGGGUUCAAAAACCCAAAACAAGUUGCUAAGAAAGCUUCACGUGAGCUGUUCAUUCAAAAAUUUUCCUGCAAAUCUCCAGUUUAUCAUAAUUGUAGGAUCUAUGCAAACGAUGGGCGGUUGUUGUGUUAUUGUGAUCGCAGGAAGCUGGAAUGGUAUCUUUGUCGAGAUCUGGCAAAACUCGUUGAGGAUGACCCUCCUGCAAUAAUGCUUCUUUUCGAACCAAAAGGUCGCCCAGAGGAUGAAGAUAAUGAUUUUUAUAUCCAGAGUAAGAAAAAUAUAUGUGUCAGCUGUGGUGAAGGCAAUCACUACUUACGCUACCGAAUAAUUCCCUCAUGCUACCGAAUUCACUUUCCUGAGCACUUGAAAAGCCAUCGCUCUCAUGACAUAGUCCUGCUCUGUGUUGACUGUCAUGAAGUUGCUCAUGCUGCUGCUGAGAAGCACAAGAAACAAAUUGCUGGAGAAUUUGGAAUUCCACUUUAUGUCCGCAAGGUGGUUGAUUCAAACCAAGCACCAAUUAUAUCUGGAUCAUCUGAUUCAAUGAACUCCAAAGAUUCAGGUGUCUCUCCACUACAAUUGCGAACGGCAGCUAAGGCUCUUUUGCGUCAUGGACCUGAAAUGCCACCGAGCCGCCGUGAAGAACUGACCCAGAUUGUUAUGAGAUAUUAUGGGGGACGGGAGAUAUCCAAGGAAGAUUUAGAAAGAGCCUUGGUAGUGGGCAUGAGUCCUCAUGAGCGAAGAAGACUAGAGAAGAAGAAAGGCUUAUCUUUAAAACAUUCUACGAGGAUUCUUCCUGAUAAAAAGCAAGAAAAUAAUAAUGUGAUAAAGAUGAUAUCUACCACCUCAGAUCCACCAGAAGUUGAUAAUCCUGAUGGUUCAGAUUUUACUGCAGAUGUUUCUUAUGCAACAAGAGUUGAUACAUUAAAGGAAGACAUGGAUUUCUGUAUCGUAACAGAUACUGAUACAAGUAAUCCACCAACAUGUUCUGAUUUUGGAGUGGUGACAGUUUCAACUACAGUUUACAAUGGUAUGAAUUCACAUAGCACUGAAAUUUCUGAUGCUAAAAGUGUGUGUGUAGUCAUUUCUGAUGGAAACAUUUGUGAGAGAAGCACACAAAAUGAUAUAGUCGACUCAUCUUGUGCCGGAUAUGAUGGAAACAUCCCACUUAAACAUAAUUCAAAAUUAUCUCUACUAGGACAUGGACCACAUGGGAAACAAGUUGUGGAUCAUAUAUUAAAUGAAUAUGGAGAGGAAGGCAUUCGUCAAUUUUGUCAGCGGUGGAGACAGGUUUUUGUUGAAGCUGUUCGUCCUAGUUUUUUACCUGCUGGCUGGGAUGUACUGCACAGUGGCAAAAGAGAAUUUGGUGAGUUCAGUGUGUACAAACCUGACAAGAAAGGUGCUGACUGAUGGAAAUGUAAACCAAAGACAUGCAGUUUCAACUAUUGGCAUGACAUGCCAGUUUCCAAGCCCUUCGCCCUUUUCUAGUAUUCAUUCACCCUGCUCAAGAACUUUCAUUCAGUUGAUCCCCUUGUAAAUGCAUCCUUUGUGUUUUAUGGAGUUUAAGCUUUCUGACUGUUGUCUUUCACAAUUAUCUGGUGCAUACAGGUUUUCCUCCACGGGGAAAUAAAUUACA